AUGCGUUUCAUCUUGCUCGCUGUUUUCGCCUUUGUCUGUGCCGUUAUGGCUGCCCCGGACAGCAAGGCCACCAAGGUUCCCAACGGCAGUGCCUGUAAACAGGACGGUAGCAUGGGUAACUGCGAAAGUAACUUCUGUCUGCAAACUCCCACCGAAGUUACUGGGCGAAUCAAAUUUUUUACAUCGCUUUAUGUCAAUGUCGAUUGGAUUACAGAGACAGUGGCAAAUCAUCUGGGUCUUUCUGCUAGUCAAUGUGAAGUCGUUGGUGUCGAAGACUGGUUACACGGCAGUUUCAAUGUCUGCGUCCCUGUGGACAUCAAAGGCAAGAAAUUCAAUCGUGUGUUGAUCCGGUUCCCACUCCCAUAUCAUGUAGGGGAGAAUGUGUGCCCUGGAAAUUCGGACGAGAAACUUCGUUGCGAGGCAGGGACGUAUGCGUGGAUGCAGGAUAAUUGCCCUGAUGUUCCCAUUCUACGGCUUCAUGGGUUCGGGCUGUCUAGUGGACAAGCUCCCGACGGGAUUUUCUGGAUUUUCCAUCACCAACUCAAGCCUCGCUUUACUAAGAGCUUUGAGGGUUUCAAUGACGACGGGUUCCAGGAGGCGCUUUGCUGCUUCUGGUCAAAGGACCUCGUGCGCAUAUCUAUCGAUAAGAUGAAGGAUAGGGAGCAGUAUGAUGCUCAACUCAAAGAAUUUUCUAAGGUCACUGAUGAACAGGAAGAUCAUGAUGAAGCUGUUGAGGUAAAAGAAGAAGAUAAUAACAAGUCUUCUGAGUCCACAGGCUAG